AUGGCGGAGCGAGAGAAAGGAGCCGCAUCCCCGCCCGCCUCCUCCCCCUUCCUGGGGCUGCACCUCGCCUCGCCCCCCAAUUUCAGGCUCACCCACGACAUCAGCCUUGAGGAGUUUGAGGAUGAAGACCUCUCCGAGAUCACCGACGAGUGUGGAAUCAGCCUGCACUGCAAGGAGAGCCUGGCCACCCGGGGCCAUGUGAGCCGGCAGGGCGGCGGGGCCCGGGCGGCGGGCGGCGGGGAGGCCAGCCGGCUGCAGGCGGAGAUGCUCCAGCUCGACCUCAUCGACGCGGCGGGGGACGCGCCGGCCGAGGAGCAGACGGCGCCCGAGCCGCUGCAGAAAGACCCCCCGGCCGGGACCACGGAUGUCUACAGGCCGAAGCGACCCACAACUCUCAACCUCUUCCCGCAGGUGCCUCGCAGCCAGGACACUCUGAAUAACAACUCUCUGGGGAAAAAGCACAGUUGGCAGGAGCGGGUGUCCCGGUCGUCGUCCCCUCUGAAAACGGGUGAGCAGACCCCUCCCCACGACCACGUUUGCCUGAGUGAUGAGGUCAAUCACCAAAACAGCACAACCUCCACCAAAGACCGGGGCACAUCCACAGAGAGCCCGUGCCGGCGCACAGCAGCCACCCAGAUGGCACCCACCUGCGUCACCUCGUCCCGGCCACCCGAGAAGCACCAGGCCACCAGCCGGCCCCCACCGCACGGCGCCAGCGUGGUGGUGGUGACGACGAGGGGCCCCGAGGCCCACCGGGACCGCAUCCGCUACCAGACGGACGUGAGGCUGGAGGCCACAGAGGAGAUCUACCUGACGCCCGUGCAGAAGAACUCAGACCCCCUGGAGACUGACAAGCCGUUCCUGUCUCAGUCCAGUGAGAACCGCAUGUCCAUCAGCUCCGACAUCGACACCUCUGGCUAUUCGGCCCUGGCGGGGAAAACCAACCCCUCCAUCAGCGAGGAGGAUGAGGUGCUGGACUACAUGUCCUCCCCUGACAAGACAAACCUGCCCAGGGCCUCCUGUGGUGGCGGGAGCGGUGGCUCCCGUCCAGGGCACAACCUUCAGAGAGCCUCAGUGAGUUCGGACACCAGCGCCCUCUCCUACGACUCGGUCAAGUACACGCUGGUGGUGGAUGAGAACAUGCAGCUGGAGCUGGUCAGCCUCAAGCAGUGCUACUCGGGCUACAGUGACGAGAGCGACUCGGCCACCGUCUACGACAACUGCGUCUCCUCACCCUACGAGUCAGCCAUCGGCGAGGAGUACGAGGAGGACGCGCUGAAGCGCGACUCGGUCUGCCUCUCCGAGGACUCCACCCCCGAGGCGGACAUCCACUUCUCCAAGAAGUUCCUCAACGUCUUCAUGAGCGGCCGGGCGCGCUCCUCCAGUGCCGAGUCCUUCGGGUUGUUUUCCUGCAUGAUCAACGGGGAGGAGCAGGAGCAGACCCACCGUGCCGUCUUUAGGUUUCUGCCUCGCCACGCGGAUGAGCUGGAGCUGGAGGUGGACGAUCCUUUGCUGGUGGAAGUGCAGGCAGAAGAUUAUUGGUACGAGGCCUACAACAUGCGGACGGGCGACCGGGGCAUUUUUCCUGCCUACUAUGCUAUCGAAGUCACCAAGGACUCAGACCAUGUAACAGCUCUGGCCAAGAGCAGCGAUUGGGUGGACCAAUUUCGGGUGAAGUUCCUCGGCUCGGUGCAGGUUCCCUAUCACAAGGGCAACGACGUGCUGUGCGCGGCCAUGCAGAAGAUUGCCACCACGCGCCGCCUCACUGUGCACUUUAACCCACCCUCCAGCUGCGUCCUGGAGAUCAGCGUGCGUGGGGUCAAGAUUGCCGUGAAAGCUGAUGACUCCAAGGAGCACAGCAAGGUAAACAAGUGUAGCCAUUUUUUCCAGCUGAAGAACAUUUCCUUUUGUGGGUACCAUCCAAAGAACAACAAAUAUUUUGGGUUCAUCACCAAGCACCCUGCUGACCACAGAUUUGCCUGUCAUGUCUUUGUCUCGGAGGAGUCCACAAAGCCGCUGGCAGAGUCUGUAGGGAGGGCUUUUCAGCAAUUCUACAAGGAGUAUGUGGAGUACACGUGCCCCACGGAGGACAUCUACCUGGAGUAGGGGCUGGCACAGGCACCUCCUGCACAGCCAGGGCUGCAGUCUCGCCCCUUCCCCGUGUCGUGCAUGGACAAGAGCUGCUUUGAGCCUGGAGGAGGAGGGGGCCCGGGGCAGGGCUCCCCAGGGCACGGAGCGCCACCUCUUUUCAUGACUCCCCUUCCUCGGG